AUGAGUGGAGAAGGAAAGGUUGUUUGUGUGACAGGUGCUUCUGGUUUUAUUGCUUCAUGGAUUGUCAAGUUCCUUCUUCAACGUGGUUACACCGUCAGAGCCACCGUUCGUGAUCCAAGUAAUCCCAAAAAGGUUGACCACUUGAUUAAACUUGAUGGUGCAAAGGAGAGGCUGCAACUCUUUAAGGCUGAUCUUUUGGAUGAAGGUUCCUUUGACUCUAUUAUUCAGGGUUGUGAUGGUGUCUUUCAUACUGCUUCACCUGUUCGUUUUGUCGUAGAUGACCCACAGGUUGAGUUGAUUGAUCCGGCAUUGAAGGGAACUCUUAAUGUUCUUAAAUCAUGUGCGAAAUCACCAUCUGUGAAACGAUUUGUCUUUACUUCUUCUGUUUCUGCAGUUGCAUUUAACACAAGGCCGAAGAAUCCCGGAGUCAUAGUUGAUGAGACAUGGUUUUCAGAUCCAGAUUUCUGCAGGGAAUCACAGUUUUGGUACACUCUUUCAAAGACUUUGGCUGAGGCUGCUGCCUGGGAAUUUGCAAAUGAAAACAAGAUUAACAUGGUUGUUAUUAACCCAACCAUGGUGGCUGGACCUCUCUUACAACCAGAAGUUAAUGAAAGUGUUCAACCAAUUCUAAACCUAAUAAAUGGUAUCCCUUUUCCAAAUAGUGCUUAUGGAUGGGUCAAUGUGAAAGAUGUUGCUGAUGCCCAUAUUCGUGCAUAUGAGAUCCCUUCAACUAGUGGAAGAUAUUGUUUGUCUGAGAGAGGGGUACAUUUAUCAGAACUUGCUACAAUCUUACGUGAUCUAUAUCCAACAUUAAAAAUUUCAGACAAGUGUGAGGAUGAAGAGCCAUAUAUAACAACAUAUCAGAUUUCUAAGGAAAAGGCUAAAAGCUUGGGAAUCGUGUUUACUCCUUUGGAAGUCAGCCUCAAAGAGACUGUGGAAAGCUUUCGGAAAAAAAUGAUUAUUGACUUUUAG